GUUACAAUUGACAAAGAGACUAAUUACACUGCGGGAAUUAUGCUUCUCUCCUUGAUCCCAUUUGCUCUGGUGGAGCUUGUUAAUGCUUUCAACACAUACUUGCGAAGACGUAUUGUGAUCUACACCGCACUUGUAGUAUCAGGCAUAUUUUUGCUGUCAUACUUCACUUAUCAGCUUUGGGAUCCAUGGAUUCAAAAAAGAAGUUUAGAAUAUUCGAAAUAUGAGAACCUGCUAGCUGCUUUUCUCCAACAUGUGCAAAGGCAUGCAAAAGGAAAGCUCGUUGAUGAACAAGGGCGACCUGAUAUUCAGGUCAUCGAAAGGCUAUUUUUCGAGACAGAUAAGGAUGCAAACAAAAGCAUAACCCUUGUUGAGUUGGAAAAUUUGGUUAUUGAUAUGCAAUCUGGGAAAGUUAAGGUUGACAAAAAUUAUGCUAUUUCCAAAAUAUUGGCGGUUUUUGACCGUAACAAUGACCAGAAAAUCGAUUUGGAAGAGUUUGUAGAAGGAUACAAAAUAUGGAUAGAAGAAGCUAAGAUGUUAGCUAAAAGUGAUGAUUCUACCACCAGAAGGAUUUUGAAUAAGGUUGUUCAGCCGUUUAUUAAGAAGCAAAGGGAUGAAAUAGCUGAAAUUGAAAAACUAAUGGCAAAAAUCUUGAAGCAUGUGGAAAGCCAAGCAUUAGAAGCUGAACACUUUCUCAAAGACGAUGGAACUCCCAACAUUGAACGUAUAAAAGAAAUCUUCCAUCAGUAUGAUACUGACGGGAACAAUUCCAUAACACGGAAAGAAUUGGAAAAAUUAAUACGUUCAGUCAAAUAUGGUGAAGUGCAACUAAAUAGUGAUGAUUCAGUCACGAAGGUGAUGAAAGAUUUUGAUACAGAUCGUAAUGACAUGAUUGAUGAACCUGAGUUUGUCGAUGGAAUGACUAGAUGGAUCAAUGAGGCUAUUCGUGUUACUAACUGCAAGGACAAGAAGAGGGCCAUCGAUGAAUAUGACAAGAUUAUGUGGGGUGAAGUCGAAAAAUUGGUGUAUGAGGUGGAAAAAGAUGGAAAGAUCAACUAUAAGUUGUUGACAUGGGCUUUUAACAAGUCUAUAUUUGAAGUGAUUUUGGGGAUUGCAAUGCUGACAUUUUGCGCAAAACCACUAGUAAAAAGUAUUGAAAAUUUGUCUGAAGCUAUUGGAAUGCCUUCUUUUCUCAUCCCCUUUGUGAUAGUACCAUUGGCUCUAAAUGCAAGAAUGGCACUAGCAGCAAUCUUUCCAGCCAGUCAGAAGAGCUCAAAAACUUCUUCUUUGACAUUCUCUGAG